AUGGGUGGCACCAAAGGGCGUGCUAUGCAACAAGCAAAGGACAUGGAGCUCCUAGUUGCAGAGAGAGCUAAGCGGGGUGGUGAGGAACCACCGCCAUACGACUUCUACGAGCUUAUUGGCAAGGGUGCAUAUGGUCGCGUCUACAAAGGAAAGAGUCGAAAUACCGGCGCGCUCGUUGCCAUUAAAAUCAUCGAGAUCGACAAGGUUGACUACGAGGAGAUGACCCACAAGAACCUUCAGGACACCCUCAAGGAGAUUGACAUCCUGCAGCAGCUCAGAGACAGUAAGGCAAGGCCCUACGUCAACAUCAUCGAGGAGGCCAGGCCUGUCCAUAACGAACUCUGGAUUGUCAGCGAAUAUGCCAGUGGUGGUAGCGUCAACACGUUGAUGAAACCUACAGCCAUGACCAAGGAUCCUGGACCCGGACUGGCAGAGAAGUUCAUCAUACCCAUCGCUCGUGAGCUGGCGCAGGGUCUUAAGUACAUUCAUGAAGCUGGUGUGCUACAUCGAGAUCUGAAGUCCAACAACGUUCUUAUCCUCGAAGACGGUCGGGUGCAACUUUGCGACUUCGGUGUCUCCAACACCCUGGAGCCGGAGAGAUCGAAACGCUCGACUAUCGUCGGUACACCUUUUUGGAUGGCGCCUGAAUUGCAGAAGGAGUGGGUCAAGGAUGCAGAUCCGCACAGCUUAAUGCAGCCCAAGGAGAUAUCUUACGGAAACGAGGUCGAUAUCUGGGCCUAUGCUUGCACUGUCUAUGAGAUGGCUUGCGGUUACCCACCUCAUCACAAAAUUGGGCAGUUCGACUUGCCAACGGCCGGUGUUCCUGUACUCGAAGGUGAUCGCUUCUCCCAAGAUUUAAAGGAUUUUCUAUCUUUCGUCUUCCAGCCAGAGCCGCAAGAUCGACCAACACCCGACCAGAUCUUGGAGCACCCCUAUCUUGCGGACACUACCAAGAUGUAUCCGACUGUGUCGCUCGUCAAGUUGGUUGAGGACUAUUAUGUCUGGGAGCAGCAGGGCGGUGCACGCCAGUCGCUCUUCAAUCCAUACGGUGCUCAAGCACCAGAUCCGCUUGCCCCAGAAGCGGAAGACGACGACGACGACGACUGGUCUUUUAACGUAUCAGAAGAAUUUGAGCAAGAACAUGCACCACAGUUUGGCGAUCCCUUUGCGGGUGGGGCCGGACAGGGCUUCAACGGAAUGGGUUUACCACCUAUAGCGGACAUGGACCGUUUCGAACAGCUCCAGGCUAGGUUCAAGGAGGAGUCUAUCGUCCGAGGACAGAAACGUCUUAACAAGCUAUUCGAUACGAACACGACACCAUACCGGUACAGCGCAGUCGAUAUGCCAGAUCCUCCAAAUGGCCGUCCACCCUCCGAUUUGGUUCUUCGCGACUUCAAUCCUGGCGCGCCCAACCGCGAGACCGUCAUUGACUUGGACUUUUCGAUGCCAUCAGCAGAUGAAAUACCCAGUAUUGAUCUGGGUGAGGUGCCGACCAUCCGCGCAAAUCGUAUGAAGAGUAUCAUACGAGCGCUGGAGGAAGAAGAGGAGCGUCGAGACGCUUUCAACGAGGAAGAUGAGAUGACCAAACGAGCCACGAAAGACUGGACAUUCCCCAGCAUGAAUGACGAGAACCGUAAGACUAUGGAAUGGUCUUUUCCAUCGGAGCAACCAAACCGAAAGACGAUGGAGUGGUCGUUCCCUGCUGAGCAACCUAACCGCAAGACGAUGGAAUGGUCUUUCCCAGCUCAACCACAGAAGCCAAAUCGGCGCACAGUAGAAUGGACAUUCGAUGCCGCGAUGGCAGAGGCCAAUAACGAGCCCAGGAAUCGCGCAUCAAAUCGGAUCUCCCGACGACGCGAGACGAAAGAGUGGACGUUCCCCAAGCAGGACGAUAAUCGCAAGACUCAAGACUUUGCCUUUCCCAUGGGUAGCCCGAAGGAGCCACGGCGCGGUCAGCAUAACAAAACGGACUCAUCGUCACCAAUCCUCGCAUCUGGUUUCCGGCCAACCCUGCGACACGCCCAAACAGCACCUGUUGAUCCUAUUGAUGACUAUCCCGAGAUGAUCAGCUCUGCGCCUGGGUCUCCUCUUCGUUCGUCCAUGAUUGACCUCGAUAUGGCGAUGGUGCAGGACUACCGUCCAUCCACAUCUGGCUCUGAUAUCGUCACAGCGGGAAUCGAUCGCAUGAAUGACAACCCAUUCAACCUGGAGGACCAGGUACAGCUAUCAGAAAACAACCACCGCGCUUCUUUCCACAUGAAGUCGCAGUCAGAGCCGAACCAGGCCGUGCCGGGCUUGUUAACACCUCAACAAUACGAUGAGCAAGGCCAUCCUACAAACCAGGACCCACACCACCCCAGCAUGCACGCUCGAGGCGUCAGCUCAGCGAGCCAGGUACAGUCACAGGCGAAGCCGGCACCCGGCUCCGGCCAAUAUCACCGCGGUAACCAGCGCUCCCAGCAAAUUAUCUGGGACGGCUGGUCACACAACAUGGCCUAUGGACUAAGCAGCGACGACCAGUCACCUCCCAUGAGCGUGACAACCGAUACCUCGCUUGAGGAAGAAGACGUAGACGACCUCUGGGACACAUUUGAACGUCUCAAUCUCGCCGCACAACGUCGUCCAAUGGGCCAAGCUUCCGCUCCUCUCCGUUCCUCGCGCAGAAACGACUCCACAUCCACAACCCUCACUUCCACCACCUACACCCUCGAUUCCGACACCGAUGACUCGUACCACCACGGUAACACUUACUCUUCCUCCUCGGACUUUGAUCAGCAAGACGCUCCGCGCUACAGUCGCAAGUCCACCACCGUCAGCGUCGGUCCGAACGGGAAGCCGCUCGUCGAUUUCCCCGUUCCCACUGGUCCUGAGGUAGAGGCGCUGUUGGGCGUAGACAUGGAUGCUCGGAUUAUGGCUGAUAUGCUACUGAAGAGUGCCGUGGAGUUGAGGGACGGCACGAGGGCUAGCAGGGACUUGCUGAGGGCGAUGCGAUUACAAGAUGUGGAAGGGGAAGACGAGGAUGAUGAAGGUGCGGAUGAAGAGAUGAGAGGGGGUACUGUUAGGCUAAGGGGACCUGGAUGA